CGACUGUAUAAUUUUUUCCAAGGUUGUUGCCUAGUAUGGCUGUGACCUGUGACACAGCAAUAAAAGUAUUCUCUUACAAACAGGAGAUGUUUUACAGUGGUUUCUAUUAACUUUGUUGAUAAAAUGGCAAGUUUUUUCGGUGAAGUAGUAUUUCCAGUCUCAAGAGCGUUUUGGGACGAUGAAGAUGAAAAUAAAGCUACUGACUGUUCAGUUAAUCAACCCGAAUUUUUUGUUCAGUGGUUAAAAACAAAACCAUCCAGCAUUGAUACUUUAAUUGUAAUUGAAGGUGAAAUGUUAAUCGAUUUUGUAAAAGAAUGUUUGUGCCCAAACUCAGAAGAAGUAUGUUUCGUGGAAGAUGAAAAACAAAAAAAGAUAUAUACAACUUAUCAAGUUACUGAUGAUAUUUAUUUAGGUAUUGUAUCUCCACAUUUUGAUGUAAAAUUGUCAGGCAAAUUUGUAGAAAAGAUGGGUGAUAUUAUAUCAAGUGCAAAAAGUAUAAUUUGUAUAACAUGUUGUCAUAUAUCAAAUUUCAAGAAGAAGGAUAUACCAACAGUACCUUCUUUCUUAAGGAUGUUGACUACAAAAAGUGGAGAGAAUAUUUGCAAAUCGAAAGAGCCAUACUUAGAGCAGCCAAAUAUUAUAUAUGGAGUAACAGCAGGAGUAUUGUCAUAUGCUCAAAUUAUGGAACUACCUGCAGUUUUGUAUGUUUUAUAUACAGACAGUAUUGUAUUGGACUCAUUAUCUGCAGAACCGCUUUUAAAAUUAUUAGCAAAUUAUGCACCAUUGCAUGCUGUUACAUUUUCUGGAAAAAACUUUUUUAAUAAAGGCAACCUUUACAUGUAAA